CUCAUGCCUGCGUCGAAGCAGAUCAGCCGGCGAUUCACGCUUUUAAAAAAGCAAAUCCGAGCACUUCUGGAAAAAAAGGUCAUCUCGCAUUAAAUUCCGCGGCGCGAUUGGUAUUCCGACGUCGUUUCUGGCAGAGUUUAUAAGCGGCGGGUCGCUCCCAGGCGAGAGUCGCCCUGCUAACCUGGACUACGGCAAUAACAGUGUCCGCUCGCCCCCUCGCAAAUUCCUUGCUGCCCACCCCUCAGAGAAAUAUCGAGGAAAUACGAACUCCCAGGACUGGGACUUUUCUGAAGGGAUGGCUUCCUCCGCUCCCUCGUCCUCCAACGAUGCUCCGGACCCCACCCCACCUAAUUUGCGACCUACAACUUACGACUCGUGGUGCGGCGUGGCUCACGGGUGCACCAGGAAGAUCGGGCUGAAGAUAUGCGGGUUCCUGCAACGGACCAACAGCCUGGAAGACAAGGGCCGGAUCGUCAGUUCUCUGAAGGAAAGGCAGUCCUCCAAGGGCUUGCUGGCAUGCGAGAACAGUGAGAAAGGAUCCAGGUUCCGGCGCACCGAGACAGACUUUUCCAAUCUGUAUGCCAGAGAUUUGCUGCCCUCCAAGAAUGGUGAGGAGCAGACCAUGCAGUUCCUGUUGGAGGUUGUGGACAUCCUCCUCAAUUACGUGAGGAAGACGUUUGACAGAUCCACCAAAGUGCUGGACUUCCACCACCCACACCAGCUCCUGGAGGGCAUGGAGGGCUUCAACCUGGAGCUUUCGGACAACCCUGAGUCCCUGGAGCAGAUUCUGGUGGAUUGUCGGGACACACUGAAAUACGGAGUGAGGACAGGUCAUCCUCGCUUUUUCAAUCAGCUGUCCACAGGACUGGACAUUAUUGGCUUGGCUGGGGAGUGGCUGACAUCUACUGCUAAUACAAACAUGUUUACCUAUGAAAUUGCCCCUGUUUUUGUCCUCAUGGAACAAAUCACACUUCGAAAGAUGAGGGAGAUCAUUGGAUGGUCAAAUAAAGAUGGUGAUGGAAUAUUCUCACCUGGAGGAGCAAUCUCCAACAUGUACAGCAUAAUGGCUGCACGCUACAAAUAUUUUCCUGAAGUUAAAACCAAAGGCAUGGCUGCAGUCCCUAAACUGGUUCUCUUUACCUCAGAGCAUAGUCAUUACUCAAUAAAGAAAGCUGGAGCUGCACUUGGAUUUGGAACAGACAAUGUUAUUUUGAUAAAAUGCAAUGAAAGAGGAAAAAUAAUACCAGCUGAUUUGGAGGCAAAAAUUCUGGAAGCAAAAGAAAAGGGAUAUGUUCCUCUUUUUGUGAAUGCAACUGCAGGCACAACAGUAUAUGGAGCCUUUGAUCCAAUACAGGAGAUUGCAGAUAUUUGUGAAAAAUACAACCUCUGGCUCCAUGUAGAUGCUGCCUGGGGAGGUGGACUCUUAAUGUCCCGAAAGCACCGUCAUAAACUGAAUGGAAUAGAAAGAGCCAACUCAGUCACCUGGAAUCCACACAAGAUGAUGGGAGUGUUGUUACAAUGUUCUGCAAUUCUUGUCCGGGAGAAGGGUAUUCUUCAAGGCUGCAAUCAAAUGUGUGCAGGCUAUCUCUUCCAGCCAGACAAACAGUAUGAUGUCUCCUAUGACACUGGAGAUAAGGCAAUACAGUGUGGUCGACAUGUGGACAUUUUCAAAUUCUGGUUGAUGUGGAAAGCAAAGGGUACAGUAGGAUUUGAAAAUCAGAUCAAUAAAUGCCUGGAACUGGCAGAGUAUCUCUACACUAAAAUAAAAAACAGAGAAGAAUUUGAGAUGGUUUUUGAAGGGGAGCCAGAGCAUACAAAUGUAUGUUUUUGGUAUAUUCCUCCAAGUCUCAGGGGCAUGCCAGACUCUGAUGAGAGAAGAGAAAAGUUACACAGGGUGGCACCGAAAAUCAAGGCACUGAUGAUGGAGUCAGGUACCACCAUGGUUGGAUAUCAGCCUCAGGGCGAAAAAGUCAACUUUUUCCGAAUGGUUAUCUCAAACCCAGCAGCAACUAAGUCUGACAUUGACUUCCUCAUUGAGGAAAUUGAGAGAUUGGGGCAGGAGCUGUAGUGCUUGAAUUAUUUAUUUCUCUAAUUCACUGUUUUCCAGCACUGGGUAUUUUUUUUAGCCCAGUUCUGCAGAACAUGUUUUAAGGAAAUUCUCUUUCUGUAAGUUCCAAUCUCCUAAGACAUCUUUAAACAAAACAACUAUAGGCUACUGAAAUAUAUAUGUAUUGGUAGAUCAUAUUAUUGAGGGAAAAUGUAUUAUCUUGAAGUACUAUUGACUCUUACAUUGGUCUUAUUUAUUGUAGGCAGCAGAAAAUUAAUAAGUAUUAAAAUAGCAAAUUAAGAACUCUGCACAGUAUAUAUGUACAGUAUAAAUAAAUAUAUAUAUAUAAUUAUAUAUAUACAUACAUAUAUAUAUACAUAAAGUGGUUAUAAACUUAGAUCUAAGCCACAGCAUGUUUUCCACUUUAAGAAAAUUGAGUUUUCCUUCAACAACAUUGAUGUGGAUAAUGUGCUACAAGUUUUUCUGCCAGACAGAAAUAGACAUACAGAAACAUUUCUAAAAUGUAGAUUCUUAGGAGCUGAAGAAAAUGUAUAACAGUAUUAGAUCUUAUUGUUGGUGCUUUUCUCACAUACAAAACAGCAAUCUCUAAGAGCACCUUUGAGUAAAAUAGUUGUACUUGCCCUUUAGUGUCAAAUCAGGGGAUGACAGUAGCAGUCAUUGUAACAGGUAUAUUAUUGCUGUAUUUUUAGAGGUUAAUUUGUGUAGAUCGUGUAUAUUAUUGUUAAAUGACUUUGUGUAAAAGGAUUUAAAUGUAAUAGUUUUACAGCAAGAUAACUGUUUAAUUGUAGGUAUCCAAAAUAUUUGCUUAUUUAUAUGCAGAGAUUUACCAUGCUGAAGAGUUGUCUUGUAUUUUCUUCCGUUUGUAAUGUAACCUAUUUAUAUAUUAUUGAAGUUCUAAAUAAUGUUUAUGGUAUUUUAGUGUCUUUGUGAGCCAAAGAAAAAAUACAAAAAUAUUAGUUGACACUUUCUUUUAAAUCCUAGUGCCCUUAAAGUAAUAACUUACAGAUAAUUUUAUUGAAGAUAAGGAAUCCUGACAUUGUGUAUAGACUAUCAAAUUAUGGGAUACCUUUAAUCUAUUAGAAUUAUUAGAAAUUUCAGUUCUAUUUAUUGUAAUGUCAGACUGUCUGUUCAGUGUUCUGAAUGCUUUUCUAGUGAAUAUUGAUUGCUAACCAAGGCCCCCGUUUUUGAAUUUUAUUUCAGGACUGACCUCUGUGACCAUUUUAACUAAAUUCUGUGGGA